AUGGGGAACCAUAAUGUACGACAUGUACUGCUGGAAUGCCAGUUUCUAGAUGAACUGCGGUCAGAAAUGAUGGAGGAAUUGCACGAAGCCGGGGUUUCAACGGUGCUCGGGGAGGACGAGAUGCUAAAGAAAUCAAAAGCGGCGACGACCGUGGCGAAGUUCAUGAUCGCAACGGGGCUCCUGGGACAGUUUCAGUCAGUGGACUCGGUCGCCACGGGUAGGGAACAGGGUGAAGAAGAUCAACAUGGUCCAACAAAUAAACACGCUACAAGUGCUGGAGAACAAGGAAGCAAAGCGCAUUGGCCUGGCACCAGGUCUGCUGAGGUCACCUCACACCAACGCACACUCCGAUCGGCUAAUGCUGACGACGAGGACGACGAAACAUGGCGUCGUGAUCCGAACCUGUUCGUGUACAACCUGCCGGCAUGA